AUGACGGCUAGGGUUUUGGGAGGCGAUUUUAGGGUUGUGGGGGAGGAAGCGCGAGAUGCGACCAUGGAGGACAUUGGAGGGAAGGAGAGACCGCCGGGUUAUCCACCGGAUGCUCCGGGGUCAUGGGUAAGCAAGGUUGUUGGGUGUAACGAGGGAGGGAUGCCAGUACCGGAGGAAGUGGUUGAUGAGGAGUUUGUGAAGUCGAGGCUGAGGUUGGAGUUUCCGAAUGGUGAGGAUGGAGAACCAGAGAUUACGAUAGGAGAGGAGGUGUUGACGGCUAUGAAUAACUUGUGGAAGAGUUGCAUGAUUGUUAGGGUUUUGGGAAGAAACAUACCUAUCCUAAGUCUAACUCGAAGACUGGAGGAAUUAUGGAAACCUAAAGGAUCGAUGCACGUUAUGGAUCUACCUAGGCACUUCUUUAUGGUACGUUUUGAGAAGGAGGAGGAGUAUAUGGCUGCACUAUCGGGUGGCCCAUGGAGGGCGUUUGGAAGCUAUCUUAUGGUACAAGCAUGGACUCCGGAGUUUGAUCCACUGAAGGAUGAGAUAGAUACGAUGCCGGUGUGGGUUCGUAUCUCCCAUAUUCCUGUGAACUUUUACCACAAGACGAUAUUGAUGGGGAUUGCUAGGGGGCUAGGAAGACCGAUCAGAGUUGAUAUGACAACGUUGAAGCUGGAAAGAGCUAGAUUCGCUAGAGUUUGUGUGGAGGUGAAUCUUAAUAAACCAUUAAAGGGGUCAGUGCUGAUUAAUGGCGAGAGAUACUUCGUUUCAUACGAAGGAAUUUCUUCUAUAUGUUCGAAGUGUGGAAUGUAUGGACACCUAGUACAUACAUGUCCAAAAAAUGAUGUAGAGGGGACUAUGGUUGUCGUGCCUGCUCAAGAGAUCACGAACCAUGUGAGUACUGAAGCUAGAGGAAAGGAAACAGGGUUCACGCAAGUGAGACAUGCGAGGAAGAAAACUGACCAACAGAGAAGAUCAGAGGAUCUUAUGCGAAGUAACGAGGGGAGAGCUGUGGCGGGAAAUAUACAUAAGGAAGUACAGAGUAAUAGUGUGGUGGAGAAAAUCAAAGUCUCCAAUAGGUUUGGUAGCUUAACUGAAAGUGGGGAGAUGGUAGAGCUACAAGAUGAUACUGAGAAAGAGGACGAGAAUAAAGAAAAUGAGAAUACCGUUGAUCCAAAUGUUGGAAGUGGAAGCAAUGGGCUUGGGAAGGUGAUGGCGUUUGCUGCAACUAGGGUCAAAGGAGAUCAGACAUCAACUCGUAUGGGCCUUAAGGAAAAGAAGACUAAUCUGAAAAGCCCAAAUUUCACAAGGCCGAAACCAAAAUCUGUUGGGCCUACGCGUGGCCUAACAUAUGGCCCAGCGAAAGGCGAGGUUAACUUAUCGCUAAGUGGGAAGAGAUUGAGAGUGGAGAGGGAGAGUAUCGGAAGGCGAGGAGGGGUCUUCACCGGAGAGGGAGGAGGAGAUGGAAGCGAGAAAGAUCCAGUGCACGGUAGUGAAGGGAGCCUCAUACCGGUGCAAAUGGAGGUGAUAGAGAACCUGAGGAAAGAUGGAGCGGAGCUUGGGGAGGAAGAAAGCUCGAAGGGUGUGGAGGCAUAA